AUGAGUAGCAAUGGGUUCUUGUCUAACGGUAAUCGACAGCUGAUGCUUCGAAAUGCCCCAGCAGUACAAUUGUCUCACAUUCUAUCUUCAAUCCCAGAGUUUUCCUUCUUUGAUGAGUUAAUUCAUAUCCCACAACCGCCAGCAUCGGAUCAAUCAGCAAACAUCAAAUUACUGCAGCGGGAUGUGUUUGACAUCACCAAAAUAUUAGAGGAUAUCAAUUUAUAUUUGAAUGAUGUGCUUAUGAUUUUCAAUAAUGUACAACUGGGAUCAAAACAUGUGACUGAUCUAUUGAAUUGGUAUUUUGAAGGCAAAACAGCAUUCCUUGAACUACUAAGAAAUAUUGAUAGUAUUGACUCAAUCAUUUCCCAAUUGUUAUUAGUUAUUGAGUCAUCAGAUGUACCUGACAACAUUAGUAAUAAUCUAUUGGCAAUUUUUGAAGAGAUUAGUGAUUUGUUAUUGGAGGUUAAGAAAGGUCUGAUCGUUUUUAAGAAAUAUCUUGACAUUUCCAUAAAUUACCGAGAAUUGAUUGAUUCUGUUAUCAAGUCAUUGAGUAAUGAAAUUGAAGAUUGUGUGAAAUGUAUUUUGAAAUUAAAAGAGUUAAAGUUGAGUAGUCCCAAGAAAGUUUUACCAGAAUAUAAUUUGGAAGUUAUUACCACUAAAAUGAAAGUUAAUGAUUUGACAAAUGGAAAUGUUUCUUUUAAAACUAUGAGAUUACCCACAUUUAGUGAUUUGGAUGAAAAAUUAUACAAUGAUUACCUAGAAUUGGAAGCCAAAAUCGAUCCUUUACGAACAGCUAUUGGUAUUGUUCCUUUGAGAAUUGAUGAGUUUAAUACAAUGUGUUCUGGGCAAUUGUUUGUCAAGUCUAGAGAAAAUGUCUUGGAUACAUACGAAAUAUUGGUUCAAAAAUGGAACUUGUUAUUAAAAGAAAAGAAUAUAUUCAAGAAAGAAAACAUCAACGUGAAAUGGAAUCAAAUUUUUGGCUACUUAAUUGAAGAAAUUUGUAAAGAAUGUGAUGCGCUAAUAAAAAAGAUGGACUCCAGUACCUCGACCGAUAGUCUGCAAGAAGUUCAUUCCACGUCGCCAAUAAUAACUGAUGAAAUGGGUAAUAAAUACAAAAUGUGUUCAAGCACCAUAACUUUGAUACAGAAGGCUUUUAAAGAAAGUAUUGUUACCGAUCACGAAUUGGCUACAAUCUUUAAUCAUGAUUUGAUUCCGAAAUGGAACCAGGUAAAUGAGGCUAUUUCAAAUAACGGUAAAGCAAAGCCAUCUCUGAAGAGACUGCUGAUGUAUGUGAGUACAAGUACAGUAGAAUCUAACGGAUUGAGAUUAUUCCAAACAGGUUCAAGAAAUUCAACUGCUAGUAGUCAAGAUGCACCACGACCAACGAGUAAUGGAUUGGGUAUUGAUUUUAAUUUUGAGGUGGAAACAAGCACUGUUCCAUUGAGCAUUGAGAAAACCGAUAGGGUUAAGGAAGUGACUAGCGCUGGCGCUGGUCUGCUGAAUCAUUCAAGAGGCAGGGCUUUGAGACACUCGUUAAUUAGUGUAUUUGAAGAUAAUAGUGGUCAUGAUGACGAAGAUGAACUAACAACAUUGGUGAAAAGUCCCAGAGUUGAAAUAGUUAAAAGGGCUGAGGAACAAGAUUUCGAGAAACAGGAUGUUUUUGCUAAACAGGAGCUAUCGUGUUCGUUUCUGGAAGCUCCCAAUAACAAUAACUGUGAUACCGCAAAAAGUAUUGAUUUUGCUGCAUUGUUUGAAACUAUCAGUAGUUCAAGUUUGAAAACAGACUCAAAGUUACCAAGAGUCGCCCCGGACCUUAUCAAAAGAGGUUAUUCCACUAUUCAGAUACAGCCAGGGUCAGAGAAAAGUAAAAUCCCUGGGGCCAAUAGAAGUCGUUCUCUAUGUGGGUCUCCAGUUUCUUCGACAAGAAAUCUUUUCAUGAAACAAGACUCAUCUGAAUUUGGGUCUUUUGUGUCUCCAUUACGAAACAAGAGAAAUAGUGCAUAUUUUUCAACUCGUUCUCGAGCAAGUUCUAAUGCUACAGUUAUUGGCAGACCCAAUUCAUUAUUAAAUGAGAUGAAAAUCCCCAAUUUGAAUUAUUCAAAAAGGUUGAGCUAUAAUUUGGAAGGUUUACAAGAAGAUGGUUUGACAUCAUUCGAAUCUAGAUUUGACGAAGAAAACUUAUUACAAGCUCUUAGACAAACUAGUAUUUGGAAAUAA